UCUUCUUCUGGUUCAAAACAUGACGAUUCCAAAGCCUAACUUUUAUAGAACAAUUCCGUAAAUUAUCCAUUUUAUCCCCCCUACUUUCUCUAGCACAGUUCAGAGAGGAAGAAGGAAGAAAAGAUGAUGAUGAUUAAUGCAUUGGAAAUAGCUAGGGGGAUAACGAGAGAAUUUGGUUUAAGAGGAAAUGAGGUUGAAAUUGGAAGUUCUUGGUGGUUUAUCUAUCUUGGGAUCUCAUGUUUUCUUGUUCUUUUUGCUGGAAUUAUGUCUGGUUUAACUUUGGGGUUGAUGUCUCUUGGACUUGUUGAGCUUGAAAUUCUGCACAGAAGUGGUACUCCUACUGAGAAGCAACAAGCAGCUGCUAUUUUACCCAUCGUUCAAAACCAACACCGGCUUCUUGUGACUUUGCUCUUAUGUAAUGCUUGUGCAAUGGAAGCUCUUCCUAUAUUUCUAGAUAAGAUGUUCAAUCCAAUUAUUGCGAUUGUGCUGUCUGUUACUUUUGUUUUAUUUUUUGGAGAGGUCAUUCCACAAGCAAUAUGCACAAGAUAUGGACUAGCCGUGGGGGCAAAUCUUGUGUGGCUUGUACGUAUUCUUAUGAUAAUUUGCACUCCAAUAGCUUACCCGAUUGCAAAGGUUUUAGAUUGUGUACUUGGACAUAAUGAUGCAUUAUUUCCGCGAGCACAGUUAAAAGCUCUUGUCUCUAUGCACGGCCAAGAGGCAGGUAAAGGGGGUGAGCUAACCCACGACGAGACAACAAUUAUUGCUGGGGCAUUGGAUUUAACUGAAAAGACUGCGGAGGAGGCUAUGACACCUAUCGACUCAACAUUUUCAUUGGAUUUGGAUUCGAACCUGGAUUGGGAAACAAUUGCGAAAAUUCUUGCUCGGGGGCAUAGUCGGGUUCCCGUGUAUUCUGGAAAUCCACGAAACAUUAUUGGACUUCUACUGGUUAAAAGUCUUCUCACAGUACGAGCUGAAACAGAGCUCCCAGUUAGUGCCAUUGCUAUUAGGAGAAUUCCUAGGGUUCCUUCAGACAUGCCUCUCUAUGAUACACUUAAUGAAUUUCAGAAGGGAAGCAGUCAUAUGGCAGCUGUAGUGAAGAAGUCUAAAGGAACAACCAAGAAAUCAGUUGCAGCAUUAAAGUUAACAACUCCUCCACUCCCCAGACAGGAUGAAGAAUCAGAAGAGACUGCUAUUGACAUUGAGAAGAUUUCAAGCUCGAGCAGCACUCAGUCACAUGUCUCUUUUCAACAAAAUGAUGUCACAACCUAUAGACAGCCUAAUUCAUCUGAGGAUACUGAAGAUAUGGACGUCAUUGGUAUCAUUACUUUGGAGGAUAUAUUUGAAGAACUUCUUCAGGAGGAGAUAGUAGAUGAGACAGACGAAUAUAUUGAUGUGCACAAAAGAAUACGAGUCGCUGCAGUAGUUGCUGCUGCUACAUCAGUUGCACGAAUUCCAUCCAUCCGGCGGAUGAUCGCUAGCAAAGGAGCAGCAGGUGGUGGUGAAAGCAAGCCAGGGCAAAGUCCAAAGAAAUCUGGCGAGGAUGAUUCAACUUCUGCAAAGCAAGGAAGCAUUUCGGAACCUCUCCUUGCUAAGAAAAAACAAGAACGUCAAUAGUACAUAAUAUUUAUCCUCCUACUCUCCUAGACUGUAUGUUGCAGCGACAGGAUCGCACUCACGCAGUAUAUCUUCACUUGUAUUUUCUCUCCUUUUCUGUUUCUUUCAUUUUGUUGCUCAUCCCUUUGGUUCAUAGAGGCAAAGUUUGGGAGUGACUAUUUUUUGAGUGUAAUAAUUGUUGGAAUGUCUAUCAAUUUUAAACUAGUUAUAAAUAACAUAAUCUUUUGAGAAAAGAUUAUUACAAAUCGGACAUUGUCAAUCAAUGAGUUAUCAUAAUUAUUUAUAAAUUCCGAUUAAAUUUUA